GAGGCUUCCAAUUCACCAGUCUGAACUCUGCCUGGGCCGUCAAGCGAGCCCUAUACAAUCUCGACGCAGUCACAGAUCAAGACCACAAAGACAAGCUGACCCAAGGCCUCAAAGACGCUAUCACCAUUGCCGCCAAAACGCUCGAGAAAAUGGACGACGAAAAGCACCUCGACAAGCUCGAAUACUGGUUUGGCGACCAGCACUCCGAUGCCAACGGCCGCGAGCAGAUCAGACAGGUCUACAAGAACUUUGUUGGCCAAAACACCGACGGCACAGGCGCCGAUGUCAACGGCGACGUCAUCGUCGACGACACGGACUACUGGAAGCCAAAAGCAGGCCAGGCACCCAAUGCAGAUGGUCAAACCCCAUUCUGCUCGUUGGAACAGGACGGCAAGACGGGGACUGCGUAUUUCAAACGUCACGGCGACAAGAAGCCCGGCAUGCAUUUUUGCGACAAGGUCUGGAGCAGAGCCAAUCUCGCUACUCUGCUCGCCGACGAUUGCAGUAAACUUAGUGGGCAAGUCAGCACUGCGACGUGGUCAAAGAACUUUAUCGGAUCGAAUGUGUUGCAUGAGUUUAUGUAAGUCAUUCCCUCUGCGUCACUCCAACCUUUUUUUCUUCCCAAGAAAACGAUUUACUAAUGCUUUCUUUCACACAACACAGGCACUACCCCAAAAUCGGCCAAGAAGCCCUCGGUGUGCAAAUUACAGACUGGAAAUACGAUGCUUUUCGUAAGAGAGAACCUGUCCACCACACCUGCUUUCCGUGUCCGUUGUUACUAACCAUCUCUCUACCCAAAAGAAUGCCGCGCCCUCGCCGUAAACGACGACGUCAACGAAC